UCAGGGUCUGGGAACAGAGCCGGGCGCCGAGAAGCCACAGGACCCCGAAGAGGCGAGAGAGCGAAGGCAGCGGGGGAAGGAGGACCCCGGCAGGCGGCAGCAUGAAAUUCAGCCCCGUGCACUAUUUGCUGUCCCUGCUGCCGGCGCUGGUCCUCAGCACCAGACAGGACUAUGAACAGCUAGAAAAGCAGCUGAAAGAAGUCUUUAAGGAGCGAAGCACCAUCCUCCGUCAGCUGACAAAGACAUCACGAGAGCUUGAUGGAAUUAAAGUCAAUCUUCAGUCUUUAAAAAAUGAUGAGCAGUCCUCCAAAACUGAUGUUCAGAAGCUUCUGGAAUUAGGCCAGAAACAAAGAGAAGAAAUGAAGUCUCUUCAGGAGGCCCUGCAAAAUCAACUUAAAGAGACGUCUGAGAAAGCAGAGAAACACCAAGCCACCAUUAAUUUUUUAAAGACUGAAGUGGAGAGGAAAAGCAAAAUGAUCCGAGACCUCCAGAAUGAGGCCCAGCAGCUUACUGAUCUGGAACGAAAAUUAGCUGUAGCCAAAAAUGAACUGGAGAAAGCAGCUCUUGACAGGGAGUCACAGAUGAAAGCGAUGAAAGAGACUGUACAACUCUGCUUGACGUCCGUGUUCCGUGAUCAGCCUCCCUCUUUGAGUCGAAUCACAUCAAAUCCAACUCAGAUGUUGCUUCCCCCCAGGACGGUUGCCUCUAAGCUUCCAGUUGCAAGGGCUAAAAGCAAGCCUCAGCAAAGCCCUCCGGGAAACAGUGAGAAUUCUCAAGUUGAGUCAACAAAGGACGGAAAUCCCAGUGCCACUGUGUGUGAUUCUCAAGACGAGGGCAGAAGCUGUUCUGUGAAGCACAAAGAGAGUCCUCCAAGUAAUGCCACUGCAGAAUCAGACGUUCUCCCACAGAAAUUGCAAAUGCCUCCUUGUUCUGAAUGUGAGAUGAAAAAAGUCCCAGAAAAACAACUGAACAACUUUGAAGGAAUGGCAAAUAGAGAAGAAAAAAUUCUGUAAAUAUUAAGAAACUGUGUUAAAAAAACAUCAAGUUGCUAUUGUCUUCAUACUCUUUUUAGACCACAGGCUUGAUGGAAAUACUACAUUUCUAAAGCAUGUAACUUUUUCACAAUUUUAUGUAACUUUAUAAAUUAGUCUACAAAUUUUCCAGAAGAUUCCAGGCUAAUUAUGAUCCUUCAGCAAUAACCUAAUUGAAAUGAAUUUCCACAGUCAUAAAUAUUUCCUUGUUGUUAGUGAGUUGCCCCAUAUAAAUUGGUUUGUUUU